CUUGACUUGGAAAAUUGCACAUCGCCAAUGCCAUGCGCCCCUCCACAGCGGAGCGAAGAGGCGGCCGGCAUGGCUCGGACUUGGAGAUGAAGACGUCAACUUCAGCCAGUCCGGAGGAGUGGACAGAUUCACCGCGAGAUCACGGAUGGAAGAGCCGCAGGCUCAACACGAUAGCCUCGCGAGCAAUGAUGGUUUUGAUGGGUCUUUUCUUGAUCGGGAUACUUCCGGGUUUGCGCUCGCAAGGCACUUGGUCUUCAAAGCCGUAUCGCAAGGAGAUUGCGGGGAGGAAUGGCAGAGAAGACUCAGAGGACCCCAUCAGCGUGGAUGGCGUGGAGACUCCCAAGGAGAGCUCCACGCGGCCUGUCAAUGCAGAAGAAGACAAGGACCUGUUCAGUGUGGAUGGUGGCCCGCAGGGUGUGAAGGCGCACCUACUCGCCUCUACAAGCAGAGAAGCAGACAAGGACCUUAUCCACGUCGAUGGUGGCUCAGAGGGUGCAAAGGAACGCUCGCCGGCCUCCUCCAGCGGAGAGGUAGACAAGGACCUUUUCAGCGUGGAUGGUGGCCUUGUGGGUGCAAAGGAACGCCCGACCAUGUCUGGGAGUGGAGAAGCAGACAAGGACCUUAUCCACGUGGAUGGUGGCCUAGAUGGUGGAGAGGAAUACGUGGAACGCCUGCCGCCCUUCACGAACGGAGAGGCAGACAAGGACUUUUUCAGCGUGGAUGGUGGUCUUACAGGUGCAAAGGAACACCCAACCACCACUCUUGCGAGCGGAGAAGCAAACAAGGACCUUUUCACUGUGGAGGGUGGCCGACCGGGUGCAAAGGAACGCCCGACUGGCCGAACAGAAAGAGAAACAGAGAAGGACCUUAUCAGCGUCGAUGGUGGCAGAGAGGGCGCAAAGGAACGCCCUGUUACCUCCAUGAGCAGAGAAGCAGAUAAGGAUUUCAUCAGAGUGGAUGCCGGCGUAGAGGGUGCAAAGGACUCCUUUAGUGCUGGCGGUGACCUGGAAGGUGCGAAGGAACUGCCAACACGGCCCCCUCCAGCAGUCGUGCCGCCCAUCCCAACCGCACAGCCUCAUGCAGUGGAGGCGUCCGUCGCGGAGUCAGGAGAUGCGGCUUCUACCACAGCGCUUGUGAUGGUCAAGCAGGCUGUCGAAGGGGGCGCAGAAAUCAGAUUUGAAGCAGCGCCACUGAAUGCGGAGAAGGCGUCAGAUGUUCGUGUGGAAUCAGGGGAUGUGUCAUCAAAAGAUGAGAACCUGCCCAGCGCCAGCUUUGCUGCAGUGCAAGUGCCACAGAAGGUGUCAGAUGUUCGGAUGGAAUCAGAGGAUGUGGCCUCUACCACAGCAGCGCUUGUGACGACUGCCAAAGAGGCAGUCGAAAGAGGGGCAGAAGUAAGAGUUGAAGCCGCGUCAUCGAAGGAUGAGAAUCCACCCAGCACCAGCCCUGCAGCAGCGCAAGCGCCACAGCAGGCACCAGAUGUUCAUGUGGAAGCAGGCGAUGCGGCCUCUACCACAGCAGCGCUUGUGACGACUGCCAAAGAGGCAGUCGAAAGAGGGGCAGAAGUAAGAGUUGAAGCCGUGUCAUCGAAGGAUGAGAAUCCACCCAGCGCCAGCUUUGCAGCAGUGCAAGUGCCACAGCAGGCGUCAGAUGUUCAUGUGGAAUCAGGGGAUGCGGCUUCCACCACAGCGCUCGCGGUAGCAGCCAAAAAGGCUGUCGAAGCCGGUGCAGAGGUCACAGUUGAAACGGCGGCCCUUGACAACCAUCUAUCCAGCUCAGUUGCACCGCUUCAGGAGGGAACCUUCUUGCACAAGGUGGAAACGGCCAUGGUCAAUGCAGAAGAAGGCUUCCUCCAUGUUGGACAUGCGGCAGAGAUAGGGGCACGUGCGAUCAAGCAGGUGGCUGAAGGAACAGCAGAAGCAGGUGAAGUGAUUGUGACAGCAGCAAAGGAGGUAGCCGGUGAAGUCAUUGCAAGAGCUGCCGAAACCGGCGAAUCACUUUCAUCAGAGGUGGUGUCGAUAAAGCAAUCUUUGCCUGCGAGCUAGCGUGGAA